AUUCCCAAAAUUAAUAUUUUACUUAAACUAUUUCUUGAUAUUUUAAAUUUUAUUAUAAUAAUUAGAUUUUUAACUAGAUUUAUUUUUAUACAAAUAAAACACCCUUUAGCAAUAGGAAUAAUAUUAUUAAUUCAAACUUUAUUAAUUUCAAUAAUUACCGGAAUUAUAAUAAAAACAUUUUGAUUUUCAUAUGUCUUAUUUUUAAUUUUUAUAGGAGGAAUAUUAGUAUUAUUUAUUUAUGUAACUUCUCUUUCAUCAAAUGAAAUAUUUAAUUUAUCUAUAAAAUUAAUUUUUUUUUUCCUUAUUAUAAUUAUUUUAUCAAUUAUGUUUUCAUUUAUUAUUGAUAAAUCAUUAAUUGAAAAUUUUAUUACAAAUCAAGAAAUAAAUAACUUAUUUAAUCAAGAAAUAUUAAUUUUAGAAAAUACAAUUAUAUUAAAUAAAAUAUAUAAUUUUCCUACAAAUUUAAUUACAUUAAUUUUAAUCAAUUAUUUAUUUUUAACUUUAUUAGUAACUGUAAAAAUUACAAAAAAAAAUUAUGGUCCUCUUCGACCAAUAUAAUAAAUUAAUGAAUAAACCUUUUCGAAAACAUCACCCACUAAUUAGAAUUGCUAAUAAUGCAUUAGUUGAUUUACCUGCCCCAUCAAAUAUUUCUGCCUGAUGAAAUUUUGGAUCAUUACUAGGAUUAUGUUUAAUUAUUCAAAUUUUAACAGGACUAUUUUUAGCUAUACAUUAUACAGCAGAUAUUGAAACUGCAUUCAAUAGAGUAAAUCAUAUUUAUCGAGAUGUAAAUAAUGGAUGAUUUUUACGAAUUUGUCAUGCAAAUGGAGCAUCAUUUUUUUUUGCAUGUUUAUUUUCUCAUGUAGGACGAGGAGUUUAUUAUAGUUCUUAUUUAUUUAUUCCUACUUGAAUAACAGGAGUUAUUAUUUUAUUUAUAGUAAUAGCAACAGGAUUUUUAGGUUAUGUUUUACCUUGAGGACAAAUAUCAUUUUGAGGAGCAACAGUAAUUACUAAUUUAUUAUCUGCUAUUCCUUAUUUAGGAACAGAUUUAGUACAAUGAAUUUGAGGAGGAUUUGCAGUAGAUAAUGCUACUUUAACCCGAUUUUUUACAUUUCAUUUUAUUCUUCCUUUUAUUAUUUUAGCUCUUAUAAUAAUUCAUUUAUUAUUUUUACAUCAAACAGGAUCUAACAAUCCUUUAGGAUUAAAUUCAAAUGUAGAUAAAAUUCCCAUUUCAUCCUUAUUUUAUUUAUAAGGAUAUUGUAGGGUUUAUUGUAUUUAUUUGAAUUUUAAUUGCUUUUAUUUGAAAAUUUAAUUAUUUAUUAAUAGAUCCAGAAAAUUUUAUUCCUGCUAAUCCUUUAGUUACUCCUGUUCAUAUUCAACCAGAAUGAUAUUUUUUAUUUGCAUACGCAAUUUUACGAUCAAUUCCUAAUAAAUUAGGGGGAGUAAUUGCAUUAGUCUUAUCAAUUGCUAUUUUAGCUAUUUUACCUUUUACACAUAUUAGUAAAUUCCGAGGAUUACAAUUUUACCCUUUAAAUCAAAUUUUAUUUUGAAAUAUAGUAAUUAUUUCAAGAUUAUUAACUUGAAUUGGAGCUCGUCCAGUAGAAGAUCCUUAUGUAUUAGUAGGACAAAUUUUAACAGUAUUAUAUUUUCUUUAUUUUUUAGUUAAUCCUUUAUUAACAAAAUUUUGAGAUAAAUUAUUAAAUUAAUUUAAA